CUUCACACAUCUCUAUCCAUUACGCCAAUAAACAAUCACUAAAUAUCUCACCCCGCCAAUUGGAAAACCAUUAAUACUGUGGCCUCCCCACUAACGGAUUUUCGAUUGCUUCCAUUAUCAUAAGCUGCCAUCUUCUCGAACUGACAAUCCCAGAAAAAAAGAUAUUAACUUCCUCUCUGUCUCUCUCUCUCUCUUUGAAUUCACUAUCUCUUAGGAAACCUUUCCUCUCUGUACAAAGGAAACAAUCUACCAAAUCCAAACGCAAAAACUAUGAGUUACUUCGGGAUACUCCGGACGGCGGUCAUCGUUUCUGGGAUGGAAGAAAAGAAGAACCCAGAUGGUGGGAUUUCGAAAUGGAAAUCCGGUGACCUCCGGCGCUCUGAUUCCGGCGAGAAAGGCUGCUUUCUCACCGGGUACGAAGGUGCAGGAAGGAAGGAGAAAUGGGCCGAGGAGUCGAUGCAGAGAGUGAUGUAUCUCAGCUGCUGGGCCCAAACCUAGAGACGAGCCCGUGAGCCCGUAUAAUGGACUGAGAUUGGGCCGAGUUUGUCCAAAACGGCAGGAGAUCAGCAAAAGGGCUUUUCGGCCUGGUGUGGCGUGUGGCCCGACAGUAUCAAGCCUCAAUCUCGAGAUGAACUCGUUUGUUUGUUAUUUUUCCGUUUUCUUUUGUUUACUGCGAUUGUGCAUUUAUUUACCAAACCCUACUAACCUGCUGCUUGUAUAAAAAAGAGCACCUUGUUGUACAGGAAAGGCAAGGAAUAGUCAAAUACAGAAUGUUUUUUUUUUCUUUCUUAUUUUCCCGAACUUGUUAACCACCACAAUUGUCAGACUUGGUUAAAGCUUCUUGGGCCAUACUUUUGGCCCACGCAUGAAGAAGAAGUCCAGUAGCCCAUUUUUGAAGUAGACUGCUAUCCAUUCUCGAACCCAACAACAACCAACCGACCGACUGUAAAUGCAAAAGGAAGGAACAAGUUUCACCCAAAUCUACGCAAUACAUGAAGGCAAAACAUGGGUUAGUUUUUCAGAGAUUUGAAUUUGCUGGCUCCAGAUUGAUUUCCGGAAGGGGCAUAUAGUCAUUUCGCAUAUACUAAUUAGUGGGACGCUGUGUUUUAUUAUGCUUACACUUACUUCCAUUGUCAAACACGGGCCUAGGACUGGGCCUGGGCCAAACUUGAGUUUCCCUCCCGUUGGGCCACCUUUUCCCUUUCCGCCUCCUUCCAGCCUGAUAUCGAACGAACGAACUUCACCCCCUACAGCUUGCUUGGGAAGCCAUUGUCGGCGACAACGACACAUCUCUGCAACAAGCUGAACUGCAGUCCAACGCUCCUCGCCAGCGACAGCUAAUCAAUAAGGUGAAAUUAGCUCGAUCAACCCACCAUUUUUUCCCUCACUGCAAGAAUGAAAAUCUCAUAGCCGCCUAUGCAUGCUAUCUUAAUGGUGCCCUGGAUUGAAUGGAAAUCCAACUUUGAGGAGCUUGAUCGAUCGGCCGCGUCACCUUUCCUUCUUCCCGUAUAGACCUUCGAUCUUCACCAUAGCGGGAUAAAAUCGAGCAAUUAGUGGCUUCUGCGGCCUGUGGCCUUUGAGUUAUGACUGCAUGCUUCAUCAUAUUUAGCAUCUUUUUCAAUUUGCUCCCUCUGAUUUCAACUCCUUCCACUUUGCUCCCAACAUAUCAGUUGUUGAAGAUGGCUGUUUUUUAGAUUGCAUUAGUCCAAGUCUCCAAGAUGGAUAGAAAGAAAAGUUGAUGGCUAUAGAAAGAUCAGAGUGCAUGUCUUUAACCAAAGUUGUUGCUCUUAUUUAAUUUGGUUGAUUCUAACCAAAGUUGUGCAUGAAUUACACGUUGCAGCCAAAAAUUUACACCUGGCCACUUACCAUCAUCAAAUCAUUUCCUUAUGAUACAAUUUUAGGGAUCAAUUAAAAAUAAAAUGAUAUCUUUUUUCUUCUUUAGUUCUUUUUCCCGUCUAACUACUUUUUAUCUAAUUAAUGAUGGGCCAACCAAGAGCAUGGAUUACUGGAUUCUUACAUAUCUCCCUCUUUUUUAUUUAGAUUUGUCAUUAUAAUUCUUUGUAGUUGUAAUUAAGGAUGCAAUGACGAGUAGGAUUGACUGAAUUUAUUUUAUUUUCAUUUUAGGUAAAUGAUUUAGUUAGUUCUAGCAUUAAGAUGAUAUUUUCUGCCUGUGAAAUCUAUACUACAAUUGCUAUGUUUAGAUUAUUAUUUAGUUCAUAUAUCUUCUGAUUUUGUUUUCGAUCUAUUCGUAACAUUCCAAAUCAAGGAACAAUUAAUGUUCUUGGGCUAAUCAAGCAAGCUUCUUCCCCAUCACCAGUAGAAUUGGGUAGAAAAUUUUAGAUAUGAGUUUCUUCUUUCAAAUUAAGUUUUGCUGGUGAUUCAAAAAUAUAGUCGGAGAUGAAGGAAAAUUCAAAAUUGUAUCUCUUGGUCCUUCAGAACUUAAAAAAUGAAUCAAUUGGAUGGAUUGAAAUGAAAACUUUCGAUUGUG